AUGGAAACCAUCGCAACCACAACCGCCGCCCUGGUCCCCUUAAGCCUCUACCUCAACGCAAAGCUACACCUGCACAAAGACCUGCGCGCCAUCCGCCGCCGCGCUGCCGCCCGCCGCGCCAUCGCGCGCGCUGCCCGCGCCGACCGCCUGUCGCCCUACUACCUCCUCGAGGCCAACGCGGCCAACCCCCGGCUCGGCGCCGCCCAGGAAGCCAUCUGGGUCCGGGAGACAACCGCCACCACCACCACCACCACCACCACCACCACCACCACCACCACCACCACCACCACCAGCAGCACCAAUGACGACACCAACACGAACAGCAACGACAGGACCGGCAACGCCAGCCGCGCGCAGCACUACACCUUCCAAGACCUACUCCACAAAGCAAACCAGUUCGCGCGGUGGUUCCUCGCCCACGGCGUGCGCCGCGGCGACCUGGUCGGGCUGUACGCGGCCAACUCGGCCGAGUUCCUGUUCGCGUGGGCGGGGCUGUGGGCGGCGGGCGCCGCGCCCGCCAUGCUGAAUCACCGGCUGCGCGGCGACGCGCUGGCGCACUGCCUUCGGGUGAGCGGGGCGCGGCUGGUUCUGGUCGGUCCGGAUCCGGACGGGGACAGGGACGGUGGUGGGGAUGGGGAUGGGGAUGGUGCCUGGCGGCGGGUGGAGGAGGUGGUGAAGCAAGCCGGUGGGGUCAGGUUCGUGACGAUGGAGCAGGUAGUGCGGGAGGUGGCGGGGCUGUCGGGCGAGAGGUUGCCGGAUGAGCUGCGCGGCGGGGUGAAGCCGACGGAUCCGUUCGCGCUGUUCUAUACCAGCGGCACGACGGGGUUGCCGAAGGGCUGUCCGCUAGCUGUGGUUGCCGCGUUCGCGCAGGGUGAUGAGAGCACGGGAGCGGCGAAUGCGGAUGGCGGCGGUGAGCGGUGCUACGUGUGCAUGCCGUUCUACCACGGCACUGGAGGGAUCACUGCCAUGCGCCAACUCAUAGCCGGGAACACCGUCUGCGUUGCGCCCAAGUUCAGCGUCUCCAGCUUCUGGCGCGAUAUCCGCGACUCGCGCGCCACCAUCUUUGUGUACGUUGGCGAGACCCUGCGGUACUUGUUGGCCGCGCCCCCUUCUCCUCUCGACCGCCAGCACCACGUGCACACAAUCUUCGGCAACGGCCUCCGCCCGGAUGUGUGGCAGCGCUUCCGGGACCGCUUCGGCAUCACGCAGGUGUUUGAGUUCUUCAAUAGCACCGAAGGCAUGCUCGCGCUGGACAACGCCAGUCGGAACGACUUCACGGCGCAUGCGGUGGGCCACCACGGGUUCCUCCAGCGGUGGAAGUACCACAAGUACUACGUUCCCGUGGCGGUGGACGCCGAGACGGGGGAGAUUAUCCGCGACCCGGAGACGGGAUUCGCGCGGCGCAUGCCGUACGAAGUGGGAGGCGAGAUCCUUGUGCGAUUGCCGUUCGAGCGUCGUUUUGCCGGGUAUUGGGGAGACCCGGAGUCGACCGAAAAGAAGAUCGUUCGAGAUGUCUUCCGUAAGGGAGACUGCUACUACCGGACUGGCGAUGCGCUGCGGAGGGAUAGCGAGGGCAGGUGGUUCUUCCUGGACCGGCUUGGCGACACAUUCCGGUGGAAAGGCGAGAAUGUGUCGACUACCGAAGUCUCAGAGGUCCUUGGUCGGUACCCGGGCGUGCUAGAAGCCAUUGUGUACGGCGUGCAGCUCCCCGGCCACGACGGCAAGGCAGGUGCCGCGGCAAUCCACAUCGACCCGGCUAGAAAGCAAGCGUUCGACCAUCGAGAUUUUCUCCGACAUGCUCGGACUCACCUGCCGAGGUACGCGGUGCCCUUAUUCCUGCGCCAUGUACAAGCGCCGUCUUCGACACACAACAACAAACAAAACAAAGUUCCCUUGAAGCGGGAGGGUGUCCAUCCUGACAAGGUGACGCCCGGCGACGAGGUGUUCUGGAUCGAGCGACACGGCAAGGGGAACACAUACAUCCCGUUCACGCGCCAGGACUGGGAGGACCUGCACACCGGCAAGGCGAAAUUCCUCAAACCACCACCGCCCGAGAAGGCCGCUUGGGAUGGCGCGAGCAGCGAGUGA